AUGGCAACUACAAACUCGGGCAAACCGACAAAAGAUCCGCUCUCGAGGUCCAGGGAGGGCAGCCAGAGCAAACCGGAGAGCAAACUAGCCCCUGAUGUUCCAGAUGCUAUCAAACGCUUGGUUGACGGUGAGUUCAAAAACGUCAUUUUCAUGGUAGGCGCCGGGAUCUCGACUGCGGCAGGAAUUCCAGAUUUCCGAACCCCUGGAACCGGACUAUACUCGAAUCUGGAGAAACUUGAUCUGCCAUUCGCUGAAGCAGUUUUUGACAUUGAUUAUUUACGAGAACGCCCCGAAGCAUUCUAUACACUGGCCAAGGAUAUGAACCCAAAGCAGUUUGAGCCCACAGCGUUUCAUAAAUUCAUCAAAUGGGUCGACGAUCAAGGAUACCUCAGGCGGUGCUAUACUCAGAAUAUUGACACACUAGAAAGGCAAGCUGGAGUCAGGCCAGAAAAGAUUAUUGAAGCACAUGGAUCAUUUCAUGGAAAUCACUGCAUUGAGUGCCACGAGGAGUUCGAUCACAAGAAAAUGGACGAGGUGCUCUCAAGCGACGAACUGAAAAUCCCGAAGUGCGAAAAAUGUGACGGAGUUGUUAAACCGGACAUUGUGUUUUUCGGGGAAAGCCUUCCGUCACGCUUUUUCGAGGCAAUGGACGAUGACUUUGAUAACGACGUUGAUCUGGUUAUAGUCGCCGGCACGUCCCUACAAGUGCAACCGUUCGCCCAGUUGCCUGACAUGGUCCAUAAAAGCUGCCCGAGAGUUUUGUUUAAUAUGGAAAAAGUAGGCAGUCUUGGGAAGCGCGCCAAAGACGCUCUUGUUCUUGGGGAUCUUGCAGAUGUCUCGAUAUUGUUGCCGUUUCUCCUAUCCGAUAACAACAGCCGAGAUGCCCCUUCUCGUGAUGUUGAAGAUAACCACCUGUCAAGCCCUGAAGAUGAAUUCUCCGAACCCUCUGAAUCUUCCGAGUCCGGAGAAGUUGACUCUAUUUCAGGCAAACUGAAUGAGCUAGAAAUUUGA